UUCGCUUUGAUGGAAGGGUCGGCCAAUUGAGCUGAGAGCCAGGGGUAAGGGAAAAAAUAGGGGCUUCCAUUAGUCACCCCGCCGAGCCGUGGACAUUGUAUACCGGGGAGAUCUGGGUGGUGGCCGCCGUAUACCCGAACACAGGAGCUCCGCACUCGCUGCCCGCAGCCGCCCGCACUUGGGAAACUUAGAUACAAAGUUGCCUUUAUUCUAUCCGGUGGAUACACACGGACACGGGGACGCUUCUCCUUCCAAGCACGGAUCGGGAAUGAUUUUUCCAAGCAGCAGUAACCCUGUGAGAACCCCGUAUCGGAAGCAGCAACCCAUUGUGCCUGCCCACCCUAUGGCGCCUCCCAGUCCCAGUACAACUGGCAGCAACAAUAACAGUAGCAGCAGCAGCAGCAGUUCAGGAUGGGAUCAGCUAAGCAAAACAAACCUCUAUAUCCGAGGACUGCUUCCAAACACCACAGACCAGGACCUAGUGAAGCUGUGUCAACCGUAUGGCAAAAUCGUCUCCACAAAAGCUAUUUUGGAUAAGACAACAAACAAAUGCAAAGGUUAUGGAUUUGUAGACUUUGACAGCCCCGCAGCUGCUCAGAAAGCGGUCUCUGCUUUGAAGGCUACUGGAGUCCAAGCGCAGAUGGCAAAGCAACAAGAACAAGAUCCAACCAACCUAUAUAUCUCCAACUUGCCGCUGUCCAUGGACGAACAGGAGCUGGAGGCCAUGCUGAAACCCUUUGGACAGGUGAUCUCUACCAGGAUUCUCCGUGAUUCUAGUGGAACCAGCCGUGGUGUUGGGUUUGCCAGGAUGGAAUCCACAGAGAAAUGUGAAGCCGUGAUUACUCAUUUUAAUGGAAAAUUCAUUAAGCCGCUACCCGGAGUGUCUGCUCCCACAGAGCCCCUGCUGUGCAAGUUUGCGGAUGGGGGACAAAAGAAGAGGCAGAAUCAGAACAAAUACGUCCAGAAUGGAAGAGCCUGGCCUAGAGAGGGCGAGGUGAGACUUGCCGGAAUGACGCUCACUUACGACCCCACCGCUGCUAUUCAAAAUGGGUAUGUCAGAAGAUUUUACCCGUCACCAUACAGCAUCGCCACCAACAGGAUGAUCACCCAAACGUCCAUCACACCCUAUAUUGCAUCUCCUGUCUCAACGUACCCGGUGCAGAGUCCCUCAUGGAUGCAGCCUCAGCCCUACAUCAUGCAGCAUGCUGGUGCCGUUUUAACUCCAUCCAUGGAUCACACUAUGUCUCUUCAGCCAGCGUCCAUGAUGAGCCCUUUGACACAGCAGAUGAGUCACCUGUCAUUAAGUAGCAGCGGAACAUAUAUGCCCGCUACGACAGCUAUGCAAGGAGCCUACAUACCCCAGUACACGCAUGUUCAGACAGCUGCUGUUUCCGUGGAGGAACCUAGUGGUCAACAAGUGGCAGUGGAGACAUCUAGUGACCAUUCCCCGUACACUUACCAACAAAACAAGUAAUUUUAGGUUGUGUGAUGACUGACUAGGGGGAAAAAAGGUUCAGAGGCUGAAACAAUCAUGGAAUUUUCUGAACAAUCGUGCUUUAUGAAUUGACAGUUUUGCACAGGUUCUUCGAAAAAACAAAAAAAAAAAACAUUAUUUAUAAUGAAAUCAACUCAAACUAUUUUUGCUAUAAGUUCUUUGAGGUGCAUAAAAAAAAAAAUCCUUCAAUUCAUCUAGUGGCUGUUCCCCUGAAGUUUAUUUUAUUACGAGAUUUUUUAUCAAGUUCUAACACAAAAUUAAAAAAAAAAAAAAUAAUAAAAAAA